AUGGGCUUUGACAAAUCACCGGCAGAGACAUCGGAUCAUCUGACAAUACGCAAGAAACGACUACAUAAGAAGUCAAAGACAGGUUGCAAUGAUUGCAGGAAGCGGCGGGUCAAGGCAUGUUCUCCUAUACUCCUUUUACUAGAAUUCCCUGAUACGUGUGACGAGAAGAUACCAGCUUGCACAGCUUGUGUUCGACGUGGCGAUGUAUGCGUUUAUCCGUCCACGGGAAGCAGCCAUUCCACGCCCGCUUCGGCUCAGCAAACGGAUGAGGCAGCACUCGCUGCUUCGCUGUCGGUACCAAGGAUCGUCGAGGGCCACGAACAAUCAGCAUCAUCAGCGACAACCUUUACGCCUGAUGAUCUUGCCUUGCUACACUACUGGACCUAUUCGGCAAGCUUGGAUAUUGCCAAGUCCUCUACUGGAGACCAUUAUUGGCAAAAGACGUUUCCAAGGAUUGGAUUCCAACACGCCUUCGUCAUGCACGGAAUCCUAAGCCUGGCAGCGCUGCAUCUCGCGUAUAGACACCCUGCUGACAAACCGCGACUUGUCUGCAUCGCUGCAUAUCAUCAUAACAUAGCACUAGGGGGAUUCCAGCAGGGCAUAAAUCAAAUGAACGAUGACAACAGCGACGCUUUAUUUGUUUUCUCGUCGUUGAAUAUCGUGUAUGUAUUGGCUUUCUUUGGGCCUCUCUGCGAUGACUCUUCUGCGGACAGCAAGUCGCGCAUCCUCGGAGAUGGAUGGAUAGCAGCGAUACGGGGCGUCGAUGCAGUACUGCUUCCUGCAUACGAGAGGGUCUGCCGAGGGCCUUUGGAUGACUUGACACGGAUCGGCAAUUGGAACAAGCUUGAUCCGGACAAGCAAUCAGUUGUUCACGACGACCAUUUCCGCAGCAUACAGCUCGUCUGGGAAGGCAGUAAAGAUGCACGUAUAUACGACGAGGCACUCUACCUGCUCCGGAAAGCGAAUGCCUAUAUGAAGCAGUUUGAGGCUAUGAGCAGUGAGGCUAGAGCUGAAUGGGGAUAUAACCAGGAUCGGUCUGCACCAUAUAUCUGGUUGCACGCGACUUCCAACGAGUAUCUUGAGAUGCUACAACAGCGACAACCCCCUGCCCUACUCAUUUUUGCUUACUUCGGUACCUUAACUCAUGCUGUGGACGGAUCCUGGUUUAUGGAAGGUUGGGGACGAAGCAUAGUAGGUGUUGCCGAUGAACUACUAGGAGGAUACUAUGACCGAUGGAUGAAGUGGCCUAAAGACAUUAUAAGUAUAAAAGAUUGUAUAAUAUAA